AUGAAACUGACACUGCAAGUGGUCCUGUCAUUUGUUCGAAACGAUUGGCCUGAACAUCGAAAGAAUUGCAAUGCGGCAACCAAGUUGUUUUGGCAACACAGACAUGACCUCAGUGAGUGCAACGGCUUGAUACUCAAAGGCGAACAAAUCGUGGUUCCUGCAUCCCUACAGUCUGAUGUUCUUAGACAAAUUCAUGACGACCAUUUAGGCAUCUCCAAGUGCAUCGAAAGAGCCAAGUUAACGGUAUACUUGCCUCGUUACACGGAUCAAGUGACAAAUCUGGUGGAAGGGUGUGAUAAAUGUCAGGAACAUAGGCAUCAAAAUCCAGCACAGCCAUCAUAUCCGGUUCCGAUUCCGGAAUAUCCAUUUCAGAAAGUUGCCGCUGAUUUAUACGAAAUUCGUGGAGUUCAUUAUUUGUUGGUCGUAGAUUACUUCAGUAAACGGCCUUGUGCAGUGCCUCUGAAAACUAUCACUAGUGCGUCAGUGAUUACUGAACUCAAGUGUUUCUUCAUUGAUUUUGGUGUCCCGGAGCAACUUGUGUCGGAUAACGGGAAACAAUUUGACUCCGCGGAGUUUCGUCAGUUCUGCAACGCUUUAAAUAUUCGUUUUACAACCUCCAGCCCUGAAUACCCUCGCUCCUAUGGAUUAGUGAAAAGGAUGGUACAAACGGUGAAAGAGUCUUUAAUCAAAUCUCAAAGUGAAGGAAAGACCCUAUUAGAUACAUUCUGUCAUUCUGCAACGAAGAAAUCUCAGGGCGGAUUAUUGCUCACACCCCAACAGCUAAAGUCAAAAAAUUUAAGCGACACAUUCGUCAAAGAGAAAUUGGAACAGCGUCAAGCCACUCAAUUCUUUCACUCUGUGGGCUUGAAAAAGUAUCUCUCUCCCCUGCCAGUUGGCAAUCCGGUUCGUGUUCGUGUUUCUAAAAAAUGGAUCCCCGGAGUGAUUCAGUCCGUGUGCUCAGAACCAUAUUCUUACAUUGUGUCAACUACCUGUGGUCGCUUGUUUCGUCGUAAUCGGCAAGCAAUCAACUUAGACAAAUCGCUCGUUCGACAACGCAGCACUCAGCAGAAGACAAGGGUUCCAUCAAUUGAAUCGUCACGAUCGGCUGUCUCAAUCGAUCAACCGAUGCGCAGGUCAAUCAACUUUAUGGAGGAGUGGCAGUCAUCUUCAAGUGUUCCCGUUUCAACACCGACACCGAUUAGAAGCCGUUCCAGCUCAAUCAAUCCUACACUAUCGGAGUUGGGUGAUCCGGAAGAUUUAAUGUUGGCGUUCCAUGGUUUUGAAUCGGCGGUUGUACGACCUCCAGUCGCUCGUGGUCGUCCUCGACGCUCCCAGUCCACGGAAGUUGAUUCGGUUUCGUCUCCAUCGCAAAGAAUUCAGUCGUCGUCGGUGGAAACUUCAGAUAUUCGUGGGACUCGCUCGGAUCGAGAAUAUGGCGCACGGUCCCGUCAUUAA